GAGCAAUGCAAUGGUUUGCAAUAAUAUACCUGAAAAUGCAAUGCAUAUUGGGAUAUCUAAUAUUUUAAGCGGGAGUGAGAAUGAUUCUCUUUGUGUAAACAUCUGCAAAUUAGUGGAUCAUUUUUGCGCCCUUUAUUUUAGCGAAUAUUUUAGGCAAACACAAAGUUUAUAUGCUAGUUGGUUUAGUAAAACACUGAAAUUUGGCUUUUAGGAAAAAUUCAUUCAACAGUAGAAGUGGUUGAAUCAGUGGAAGCUCACUGAGGGAAGUGGUGGCUCAGGGGUUAGGCUUUUGAGCUACAGCUUCAGAGGUCAUAAGUUCAACUCCUAGCAAUAGCAAACUGCCAUGGUCCUUGAGCAAGACCCUUAACCUUCAACUGUUUGGUUAUAUAGUGUCUCAGUUGUGAUUUAUUUUAUAUAGUAUAUUUUAGUUUAUGCUGUAAUUUUUAUUUUUACAAGUAUUUACAGUAAAUGCACUGUGCUGGCAGUACAUUAUUGUAAAGUCAUCUAUAUUAUAUUACUGUAAACAUACAGUUAUAUACUGUAAAAAAUAACAUAAUUACAUCAAAAUGUAUCACAGUACUUUGCUAUUAAUUAUAAUUUGCAGCAAUUGUUUACUGUACGUUUACAGUACUUUACUGGCAACUCUGGUGCCUAUAAAUAACUGUAAAUUUAACAGUAAUUUUAUAGAGCACCAUAUAAAAAUAUUAAACACUAUAUAUGUUGAUAAAUAUAUUUGAAAAGUACAGCAUGAACUAAGGCAGAUGAAAUCCUCACAGAAGCACUAUGUGUUCCCUCAUCUGAACAAAGAAGCCAUUUUCAAUAUAGCAGUUUACUAAAAUGCCACUUUGGCCAGUCUGGUUUAACUGCAGUGGUUAAAAGCUCGGCUUUUGGUUUGGCUAUAAACAAGAAUCCGCAUCCACACUGCACACCUUUGAUUCAAUUUUUCAGACUGAGAACUAGCUGCACUGUAUUAAUUAUAUAUACGCUGAAUUACUGUUUCAUUUCAUGAAUGGCUUCCUUUUCUUUGCCAGGACCUCCUGGGGUAAUACUUCAGGAUGAUGUUUGGCUGUUAAUAUUAUACAUGAAUAUGCACAAAAACCCAGUGUACCCUUUUUCAGACUCCACUAUUCAUUCAUAGUCUGCAAGCACUAAAUGUGACUACAGUGUGAUAGGCCUCAUUUAACAUGUAGCUUAGUAGAUUUCAAAUGAAUGUAGUAAAUAUCAUUACCCACAUGAAUCAGAUAACACAGAGAGUCAUUCAUUUCCUUUACUUUGCGUGACACUGAGCUGAAGGUCAAACCAAUAUUUACCCAUCCUUGAUUUAAGAAAGGAUGGACAGAAAGCCCUGAUUGGUGUGAAAGAUGGAGGAGAAAAAUGAUUAAAGGAGCAGAGUAUUUUAGACCGCAGACACAAAGACGCUAAGAAGCCACUCCAUGUAUUCAAUAGCAGUAAGUGUAGGAGCAGCCGUAUUGCUGUUUAUUCUCUUGGUUUUAGUCUGCCAUCUUGUAAGGCAGCGAAAUCUACGAAGUAAUGAAGAUGUCAAAAGAAGCGUUCAGUCUGAAGUCACUGCGUCCAAACCUCUGCAAUGCCUCUCUCUUCUUUUCCAUCGUUCCCUUACUCCCUCACUCCCUGGACCUCCCCCUCUUCCCUUCCUGGGAAACAUGUUCGAGCUUAGCCAAGAUCAUUUGCCCAUAUACCUGACUGGACUGGCUCGUCAAUAUGGGAAUAUCUAUCGUCUCCGCUGUGGAAGCACCACGAUGGUGAUUCUGAACAGUAGUGAGGUGAUCCGUGAGGCUCUGGUCAAAAAGUGGUCUGACUUUGCAGGAAGACCACAUUCAUACACGGCUGACAAAGUGUCAGGUGGGGGCUACUCCAUCUCUCUGGGUGAUUACAGCGAGGAGUGGAGGUCCCACAGGCGUCUGGCCCAUAGUGCUUUGCAGCGUUGUGUUGCUGAGUCUCUUCACUGUCUGAUAGAAAAGCAAGCGCUAUACCUCAAACAGGUGUUACUGGACUAUAAAGAGAAGCCCGUGGACCUGUCUGAAGACUUCACUGUAGCAACCAGUAACAUCAUUACAAUGCUAGCCUUUGGAAAAUCAUAUGAGAAGAGCUCAGAACAUCUUCAGGAGAUGCAUGGCUGUCUGAAUAAGAUUGUGUCUCUGUGGGGUUCACCAUGGAUCUCAGCUCUGGACUCUUUCCCUCUGCUCAGAAAGUUGCCAAAUGCUCCCUUUACUCGUCUAAUGAGAGAGGUAGCUAGAAGAGAUGAGCUCAUUGGAGGCCACUUAGAUGAGUUUAAGCAAAAGAAGGAUAGUAACGAAGGCCAAGACUUUGCUGCGCCCCUUCUACAGUACCUUCAAUCACCAGAGGGAAGAGUACCCAAGAUGACUCUGACAGACAGCCAUAUACACAUGACUACAGUGGACCUGCUCAUAGGGGGAACAGAGACGACUGCUGCCUGGCUCAGCUGGACCAUUGCCUUCCUCUUACAUAGGCCAGAGGUUCAGACGAGAGUGUAUGAGGAGCUAACUAACGUGCUGAAGGGUCAGUAUCCUCGCUACAGUGACAGACGCAGGCUGCCCUAUCUGUGUGCAGUGAUUAAUGAGAUGCUGAGAUUGAGACCUGUGGCUCCACUUGCUGUGCCACACAAAGCCAUCAGAGACAGCAGCAUUGCAGGAUAUUUCAUCCCCAAAAACACCAUUGUUAUCCCCAAUUUAUUUGGAGCUCAUCAUGAUCCAGAGGUUUGGCCUGACCCACACAGCUUCAGACCAGAGCGCUUUUUGCAGGGAGAUGGGAGCUGUCUCCGGGCUCUAAUACCUUUUGGAGGGGGUGCUCGGCUAUGCCUCGGGGAGUCUGUAGCUAAAAUGGAGAUGUUCCUCUUCACUGGCUAUCUGCUACGGGACUUUCAGUUUCUUCCUGCCAGCCCCGAGGAGCCUCUGCCUGACCUGCGUGGUGUGGCCAGCGUGGUCUUAAAAGCCAAACCCUACAGAGUUAUAGCCUGUCCUAGAGCCUAAUAAAUCACUGUAGUGAAUCUAGUUUGUUCAAGGAUUUGUGUAGGUCAAACAAGCUUAUAAUGUAGGACAGUAUUUAUUUAUGGGAUAUAUCACUGCAUAAACUCUCAAAAUAGAUCUAUUUCUUCCUUUGUAUUAUUAACUAAUCAUAUGCUUCAAGGUAGUGAAUGACAAAGCGUUUUUCUGCUGAAACCCUUGUUGUUAGUGUUGGUGAACCUGGUUUGAGUUUAGCCUUGUAUUUUCUUUUAUAAAAGUAAACUUUAGAGCUGGUGCAAAAUGGCAGCUUCUACGUCACAUAAAUUGGAUGCCAUGUUACUCAGCAAUAUGUAAAGAAUGACAGCUGCAAAUUCAAAUUUCUAAUAAAGUGUCAUUCAAUGCUGUACUUGAAAUUUAAGCAUCACGGGUCAUUGUUGAUUUCAGAAGAGUUUUAGCUUUAAGUCUAUAAUAUGCAGGUGAAGCUAUUUACUGUAUAAUGUAAGAGACUUGAGCAUAGUUUUUAGCAAGCGCCAUCAUUAGACUGUCAAAGUGAGAACAUCCACAGUCAUCUGUAAGGUAUCCAUGUGGUACCAUCCACAGAAACCUCACAGCAAACCGAGGAUGCGCAAGCAGGGACUCCAGCACGACUAGCUAUAACUAAAAAAACUGCAUAACUAAAAGGGAGAGCCAGAGGGUAAAACAAGCAUGAUGGCACCCUGGGACAUAAAGUGUCUAGCCACUCCACCGUCAACAAACCAAAACACUCUAUAUUCUAUGUGAAAUGAUUGUUUUUUUAUCUUCUCCUGCUACAAAUUUAUUGAAUCGACAUGAAAAUAUGCCAGUAAGCUUUCAGCAGGCAUUGGCCAGUCGUCGCAAAAUGGUGCUGAAGGGUAUUUCCAUCUAUCUACUCUCUAGAUAAGUAAAUAGGCAGGUAGGUAGGUAGGUUUCAGGACUAAAUUUUUAUUUAUUUAUUUAUUUAUUUAUUUAUUUAUUUAUUUAUUUAUUAACACAGUGAGAUCCAGCAAAUGUGUAAUGUGACUCCCAACCACAAGGGGCAGUACAACGCACACAUGUACACACUGGUCGAAUUCUAAAUGUCUCUCUGCUUCUUAUACAAAGUGCUCUAAAUGGAGUAAUGGCUAAAAGUAGUGGCUCCUACAGGCGACGGUUCUGCUAGAAGGACUUUGUUUAUACGCUCUAUGUAGUGCACUAGGAAUACAACAGAAAGCCAUUUGGGAUUUAACCAUUAUCCGGCACUGAUGGACAUUGUACACGAGUUGAUCCCAGUGUCUGCAAACAUCGUUCUGUCACUCUCAGCCCUGCCUGCUGCUUUUCACCUGUUCAGGGACCACCGAGCUCCAUCAGUGGGUUUUUUGCUCAUCACAUGCUCUUCAUUUCUGGCUAUUAUCCCUCUGCCCCCAGCUCUGUCUCAGGUCCAGAGAGAUCUAGAAUGGGCAGGCGAGAUACUGGGCCCUUCCUUGUCUGCCUUCGGCUUUUUGUGGCUCAGUGAAGAUCGUUGGACUGCUCAUGUGCUCCUGAUUGGUUCAGCACUUCUUCUGAUGCUCUCCGAUUGGCUGUCAGAUGACGGCUUGGUGAUCAUGACGCGUUGUGUGUCCUUGUCUGCACUCUCGUGUGCUCUGACAGUGUGCUUGUUUGCUGCCAGUGGGACUGGUGUGGUAGGCAGUGUGGCUCUCAGCCUUCCUGCUCUUGUGGCCCCCAGGGUCAGAGCUGGCAGCGUGGCCUCUCUGAUGUCUUCACAGGGUGCCAGCGGGCUGUUGGGGUGGAGUCUGAAAGUCACCAUGGCUGUAGGGUGCUGGACAACGAAGACAGCUUUAGAUACAUUCCUCCAGGAUCUGAAAGGCUGGGACUGACUGGACAUGAGUAACCAAAACUAGUAAAAUGCUACUUGAAGCUCAUAAACUGAUUUUGUUUUACCUUACAGUGUGACUUCACAGUGUGGUGCUGUUGCUGUAUACCUCAUAGGACACAGCGAGUUUGCUGGCCGGCAGUAAUGAUGGUGACAAGAGACUCAAACUUCUUGCCUCGCCUACUUUAAUCUUAGUAAAUAACUAGCAAUGUGGAGAGCAAACUGUGUCAGACUCCAUACCAGCCUUGAUAAAAGUCAGCUGUCAUCAGAGCAUGUCAAAUGGCCGAGGAAGGAAUAUCACAUUAACAUUUUCAUAUUUACGUAUUCAGAUGUUUUAAGAUAACAUUUUCUGUAUUUUUUUGGUCGCCUAACUUGAACUUUGAUUUUGUCUGAAAGGAAGAAGUAUCAUUGAUGAUAGCGUUAUUAAUUUUCACACAUUUAGCACUUUUCUAAUUAAAUUAAAAAAAAAAAAAAAAACGUGCCUUAAAAGUAGUAUUACAUGUAACCAUGUAAAUAUUUUUUUUCUAUGGCAGAAUCACAAAUUGUGUUGUAUUGCACAUACAUUGCACUAAAUUGGGUCUAAUGUGAUGGUAUACCCUGUAUGAGUGAGCGUAAGUAGUGUACACAAUGCCAUUUGGGAUUGUGCCUAAAGAGCAGAAUGCCUUAUUUUCGGCUUUCCUAUGUUCUCUAGCUCAACAACUUCCCCCACAAGAAUAUAUCGGCUGACCAUCAUCUAUCAUUAACUAGCUUCCCACCAAACUGGAGAAUAAAUAAUACUCUUACCUAUUCAGCAAGAAAACGCUUAAAGCACAUCAGUCCUGAAUCCUUCUUUCCUCAUAUAUUACGAUACCCAGCUCUUUAUCUAUCUCACACCAGUUUAUUCUCUCACACUCUUUCGCUCCUGGUUGGCUGUGCCUCCUGUCUGUCACUGUGUAAUUUCGCUUCUUUAUGCCUGAUAACAUUUGAUGUAUCUGAGCUGGCGUCCAUUUACAGGUUCCCUGCCAAUGCUGACCCCCUGACGCAGCACUACAAAUUACUGUUACAGGAUUGUUAAGAUGGACCUUAUUAGAAAGUGUUUUUUUUCUCCCCUGACUCAGUUUUUCCUUAAAGUAUGUGCAGUAAUUUUAAGUAAAAAGGCUGAAGAUUGUUUACUUCUGACUGACCUGGAAUUGUGUUGAUGUAAUGAAGUGUUUGAGACUGAGCUGCUAAUGUUACAAUUCCUGAGGAAUCCUCAGACAAUAAUAUGUUAACUUGUAACACAUUCUUAAUAAAAAAUUAUGAAUCAAUCAAUUAA